AUGUGGGUGCGUCGCCGACGCCCAGAGGUGCUGUUCGUGCUGCUGUUGGGCAGCAGUGUAUUCCUCUACUCGGCCUGGUUCUAUGGCUGGCACACGCAACUGGGAGAUUCCCUGAGCGACUACUACGCCUCCGACGACGACCACUCAUCUUCAUCACUAAAGCCGCCCAAGCCUGCUCCCUGGUACCCAUCACUCAACCGCACGCACGAGGCCCUUCUCGCCGCCCACCGCAACUACACGGCCAAGACAAAAGCCUUCGGCUCCGUGCCGCGGCUCGUCCACGUCGCUGGGUACUUGGACCAGACGCGCAGCCUCGAGUGGCUCUUUGAAAGGAAGGUGUCGCCGGCGGUCAGCGCCGACGGCGUCCAGCUGCUCACGUGCGGCCACUUCGACCCGGCCUGCGCGCGCUGGACCGACCGGGCGCUGACCGAGCUCUACGACCUCCACUACGUGCCGCCGGACUUUGUGCCCUCGGUCGCGGCCGUGCGCAAGCACUACGAGGAGCCGUCGGUCAUGAACGCGGCCCAGGCCGGCAACCAGGCCGAGGUCAAGCGGCUGCGCAAGGUGCCCGACAACACGGGCCUGCCGCAGGUGGGCGUCGUGUUGGACGGCUUCGUGACCCCGCGCGGCAGCAUCUUCUCCCGCGACUUCUUCAUCCCCUGCGCCAUCGCCGUGGAGCACCUCCACAAGGACGGCGACAAGGCUGGGUUCCCCUCCACCUACGAGUAUUUGGCGUGUAACAGGAAGAAAGUGCUCCCGAAGCUGGUGGAAGUGCGGGAGGUGGCGGUCAUCUACCACCUCCACCACGACAUGUUCUACCACAUGGUGCAGGACCAGUACUACCGCCUCCUUGCCCUGCUGCCCUACCUCCGACAGCACCCCGACAUCCACAUCCUCAUCUACGGCUGGAGCGACCCCAAAAACUGGGAUGGCAGCUUCGGCGACCGCUUCUUCCAGUUCUGUGGCAUCUCCAAGUACCCCACGUUCUUCCUCCUUCUCAUCAACCUCGUGUCACGGGUCAUUUUUUCAGGCGGUGAGGAUUGGGACGUGAGCGUCAAGGCCGACGUGAUCUACUACGUUCAGGAUCUGUCGCGCCAAGAGCCGUCGGCCCUGGGGUUCGCCCAGCAGAUCCGCAGCCAAUUCUGGAACCUGCUGGCCCUGCCCGACCACCGCCCGUGGAGCGCGCUGCUGGAGCCGGCCAAGCGCGGCCCGGUCGAGGCCUUCUUCGGCGUUGGCGCCCCGGCCCAGGCCCAGGCCCUCGCAACCCCGCAGGCCCAGGCUGCCCCGACGCCCGCACCGGGCUACGUGGCAGACCACCCGCUCGAAGUCAAUAUGGUGGUCAUGGUGCGGACAGACCACUGGCGAGGCCGCCUCGUCGUCAACCACGAGGAGAUGAAGACCGCGCUGCUGGAGCUGGCCGUCACUUUCCCCGCCGAGCUGCUGAAAAGAACGAAGGCCGCCGCGAAAAAGAGCGAAGCCGACGAUGAUGAGCGAACGGAGGUAGAGCGGAGGGAGAGGUACAUCAAGAUCAACUACAGGGAGCACUGCCCCAAGACUCCGCUCCUCGAGACGUUGGCGCUGUACGCGCAGGCCGACUUCGUCAUCGGACCCCACGGCGCCGGUUUCGUGUUCCUGGCGGCGACGAGGCCCGGAGUCCACGUUGUUGAGUUCGUGGGAGGCUACGAACAGAACAUGAUGACCACUGCGCGCCUGGGGUCGGCCUACCACGGUGUGGUUGCUAAUUUUACGAAAGAAGGGUCGGACGGCUUCGACUAUGUCGUCGACGUUCCCCACCUAGUAGGACUCGUGACAUCUGUUCUCGAAUCACGAUUCUUGGGCAAUUCCCCUGCAAACGCGACCCCGGCAGUCAAGCCAGCUCCAACGCACCAGCGCUGA